GCGGGACAGCGCUCGAGCAGGAGUUUCCUCCCCCACGUACACCGUGACCGUGAAAUUCCGGCAGUCCCGGGAUGGCAGGUCGCUGCUGUCGCCUCUUUUCGCUCUUGACAGCGCGCUGACAGAGGAAGCAGUCUCCCCCAGGAGCUUCAGGCGAACCGGCUGCAGCUGACCGGAAUUACACUGUAGCGUUCACUUGUUUCUCUUUUCUUUAAUUUGCCGCUCCCGGUGACAUGUUUUAUGUCGACUCUGCUUGAGGUGCUUUUCUAUCCGGAGUGGACAACACCGCUACAAAGUGAAACAGAGAGAGAGAGAGAGAGAGAGAGAGAGAGGCGCCUCGCAGUCAGUCACGCGGUGCAAGGUGGACAUCCUGAGACAACCGAUCAGUUCUAGUCAAAAGGCAGAGCUGUGUAUCAAGUCUUUAUCCUCAAUGGACCCAGACAAAUGCAGCUGCAAAUUCUAAAAACUGACAGUAGCACCUUUUUUUUUUUUUUUUUACCUCCAACGAUCAUCCCACAAUCUUGCCAGAGAAAACUCUUGUGCUCUCUAUCUCACAGGACUCUAGAAGUCUUCUCUAUUUUACUCAGGUCUUUUCUCCCAAUGCCUACCUCCUCCACUAAAACACUGAACUCAGAGACAACCUGUUUUACCUUCUAAACUCUUCAAACUGAUGAAGAGCAUUGACUUAAGACCUCAAACUUCCUGUCGUCUAUAAGCUACAAAACAGCCACACUGAUCACUGAUAGCCUUUUCCAGUGGAAAUUAUUCAAACUGGAAGACGGACAAUAGCUACUUCAGCCUCUCAUUGUCCACUUGUUGAAUCUGGCCGAAAGCUAUAUACCUCAUUUAUUAUGUUCUGGAAGACAUUUGUGUGCAGAAAACACAAGGCGACAAUCAUUGACGGAAUUGAUCCAGCAGACAGGAGUUAAUAUCCAAGCAAGAUGCAAGCUACAAAGUAGGGAAGCAGCACUGGUGUCUUCCAUUUGCUUUGGGGAGAAAAAAUAUAACCAGGGAGAAAAGCUGAGUACUGCCUUGGAGAAAACAUAACUUCAUGUUUCCCAGCACAAAAGCCAGACUAUCUAAGCUAUCUAAAUACACCAGCAAAAAACACAGGGGGCUUUCAGUGAGCUUAUUUUUACACCUAAAGCCUCCAAGCAGCAGAAGAAGGUCUUGAAAACUUCACCAGCUGUUUCUGUGCUGCAAUCGAGACACAAAGAAACUUCCUGGGAGUUCAAAUGCAAAUAAUCUUCACAGGUGGCAGAAGAGGCACAGAAGAACUGAACAAGUGAAGAAGGAUGUAAUGCUCUCCGUCCGACUCGCCGUGCUCCCGUCCCGCGGUUCCCGUUCACGGAUUCCUCUGGUUGGAUGUUGAGAAGGCUGCCGGCGAAUGCUGAGCAGGUCGACCUGUCUGAGGUACGCCUCCCGGCUCUGCGAUUAGUCGCUGGAUGCUACUGGAGUUGAACUGCAACGAUGUUCGACAAGCAGGAGAGCAAUUCAUCUGAGAGCGAUGAGAAAGGAUGGCCAGAUGUGCCGAAGAGAAAGAGGAAAAACAGCCAGUGCUCCCUGAAGAGCAUGUCUGCUCUUAGCGUCUCUGUUCCAGGGUACAUCCCCAGCUACCUAGAGAAGGACGAGCCGUGCGUGGUGUGUGGGGACAAGGCCACCGGCUACCACUACCGCUGCAUAACCUGCGAAGGCUGCAAGGGUUUCUUCCGCAGGACAAUCCAGAAAAAUCUCCAUCCUUCUUACACCUGUAAAUAUGAAGGCUGCUGCAUCAUUGACAAGAUCACCCGCAAUCAGUGCCAGCUGUGCAGAUUCAAGAAGUGCAUCUCUGUGGGCAUGGCCAUGGACUUGGUGCUGGACGACAGCAAGCGCGUGGCCAAGCGGCGCCUCAUCGAAGAGAACCGAGAGCGGAGGAAGCGGGAAGAGAUGGUGCGGACGCUGCAGAUGAGGCCGGAGCCAGACAGCGCAGAGUGGGAGCUGAUUAGGAUGGUGACUGAGGCGCACCGGCACACCAACGCCCAGGGCUCCAGCUGGAAACAGAAGCGCAAAUUUCUGGCGGACGACAUCGGCCACGGUCAGCUGAUGCUCACUUCAGACGGAGAUAAGGUCGACCUGGAGGUCUUCAGUGAGUUCACCAAGAUCAUGACCCCUGCCAUCACGCGCGUUGUUGACUUUGCCAAGAAACUGCCCAUGUUUUCAGAGCUGCCUUGUGAAGACCAGAUCAUCCUGCUGAAGGGUUGCUGCAUGGAGAUCAUGUCACUGCGCGCCGCCGUGCGCUACGACCCCGAAAGCGAAACGUUGACGCUCAGCGGCGAGAUGGCCGUAAAACGCGAGCACUUGAAAAACGGCGGGCUUGGGGUUGUUUCGGACGCCAUAUUUGACCUGGGCAAAAGCCUGGCACAGUUCAACUUGGACGACUCCGAGGUGGCACUGAUGCAAGCGGUGCUGCUCAUGAGCUCAGAUCGGUCGGGUCUGAUGAGCAUGGAGAAGAUCGAGCGGUGCCAGGAGGCCUUCCUGCUGGCGUUCGAGCACUACAUCAACUACCGAAAGCACAACAUUCCCCACUUCUGGCCAAAGCUCUUGAUGAAGGUCACGGACCUGCGGAUGAUUGGCGCCUGCCACGCCAGUCGCUUCCUCCACAUGAAGGUCGAGUGUCCAAACGAACUCUUCCCCCCACUCUUCCUGGAAGUCUUCGAGGACCAGGAAGUGUGACAUCGCGCCCCGCCACUUCGGGUUUGGCAGUAAAGGAAGUAUCGGCCAUGGAUGAACAUUAUAGGAAAGACUGGAUUUUGUUUUCAUUUGUGAGAACGUGCCCUGUACAUUUUUCUGUUUAUUUGCCCAUUUCUGUCAAACACAAGACUUGACUUUCUGCCACCAGCAAAAUCUCAUCAGCAUCAUGAAACAGAACCCCAGGUGUUCUACAGCUGGUAGUUUUUCAACACUAUGCCAUAAACCUGCAUCUAUAUGCAAAUCCAAAUUGCAUCUAUGAGGAGGGCUGGACUGGUGCCACACCUAAUACAAACUGAGGGGCUUUGCUAGCGGCACACCUUAGUGAAAUCUCAAGCACAUGUCUUCGAGGGUUUUUUCUUGUCCUGGACCUGACAACUGGCACUUCUGACAAUCCGAGCAACCAUCCCGCUGAACUCCCACCUCCCCAAUAUCUCCAAGAGCAAAAGCUUCCACUUUCAACCCACUGUGGCCCUGAGAGUGUUCGUCAACCUACCUCUGUCACACAAACCUUCACACUGAGAAACACACUCACAGAAUGUAUGUGCACAAAAAAAACCACCCCAACACUGUUACCUCAUUUCUUGUCAAAUGUAUUUCUUUAUUUAUAUUUGGUGGGGAGGGAGGGGCCAGAUGUAGUUCAGUUAGAGGAUAUGGAGCCAUGCACCCCACAGUUACCCAUAUGCUACUGGCAACUGCUGAGAGAACAACUUUGUGUAAAACACUAAUCUACAAAGCAUUAUUUGUACUACAAGUCUUAUAGCCGAGGACACGACAGCAAUCACCGUGCGUCACUAGAUGUGAUGAACAUCACAGUGCAUUCUGUAAGCACUAAACUGUGAGUAUGUAUGGAGUCAGUCUUGGCAAAUAAAGCUUUUUGAAUAGCGAACAGCUGCAAAGUGCAGAAACUCAACAUCGCUGUUCACAACUCCUUCCUCUGUUCUCUGAUCGGCCCUGUUGUAAUUCACCCUGAGAAAUCAAAGCCAAUGGGAGAAAUCUCUGAGUGGAGAUGAGAAUUGAGCGGAAAUGAGUAGGAAGCCAACGGCCAGUCUGGUGCUUCUUCGGUCUUUUGGGCUUUACUUGCAAAGGUUCUCGGAUCAUAGUUGCGUAUUUUUAGGGGUACGAACAAAUUUGUCUAUAUCUGUAUAUCCCAAUUGGCAAAAUUUAGGAUUUCCAAGCAAAUAAUCUGAAUAAAUAUUUGGCCUAUUUGUCUUAAACUUUUGAGAUCUAGCUCCUUUAUUCUCAUCGAUGAAAUAUUUAAACAAUCACAAUAACCCAUGGAGAGCUUUGUCUUUUUUUCUACGCAUUUCUAUGUGAUAAUUACAGCUUAUGUGUGACUUUUGUCAGUAAUUUUGAUAACUUUCUCACUUUGGCUGUUUUUGGUUAAUCUUUAAGAUUUUAUCAAAUUUUAUUGACACAAAUCUCGUUCCAUUAUUUAUUAUCACAGUCAGGCUGUCUGUCGUGUUCCAGUAAAGAAAAUAUGUAAAAUUAAUUAAUUAAUAUGCAAUUUUUUCCCCAACUUUAAAAUAUAGCACAGUGCUUUGAACACAUUAUUAUAACCAUCAUUAUUAUUAUUUGUUUUUAGAAGAAGCCAAGAAUUGAUCAAUUUAUACAUAGCUUCAUAAAGAACUACUAAAGCUUCACUAGUUGGUUGUGAAGUAGCUAUGGUUACAACGAUUGUCUGCUGAUUUCCAACGUGACUGAUUAGCAGUUGUUAGCUGUUUUGCUAGUAUUUCCUGCAGUGUGGUCUUCAGGUCAUUACUUACGGCUCUGACUAGAUUUCUCGAGCUCCGUUUCCAAAAGAACGUUUGUAACAAACAUACUUCACUGUAAAUUUAAAUGCCUUUUAAGUUCCGGAGCACUGAAUUAUUUCACCGAGCAGCUGAAACCCAGCUUUUCAGUUUGGCAAGACUACAGGGCGACUAUCCAUGAGUAGCUGAACUCUGCAAAUACUGAAGACCCCCUCUAAAAAUGCAAAAUACUGCCUAUUUUAACAGUUCAAACACAAAACAUGCCUUAAUAUGUAUUAUUACUCACAGUAAAAACCAUCUUAGCCCUGCUGCAGAAGCUAGCUCUGCGGUUAGCUUUGCAAAUAUUGAUACAAAACAACCAGCAAUGAUUUAUACUGAUCAGUAAAAUGCCCUGAAAGGUCAAAUUGAUAAAAUAUGUUUUGAUUAUAAGAAAUAAAGAAACUAUAGAAGAUUUGACCACAUCUAUCUAUGAGUUAUCUUCAGUAUUGAUGAAAAUACUUAAUUAUAAUAAAACAUAAGCUCGUACAUGAAGGCUUAAGGUACAUUUAUAUUGACAUUACUUAUUUAUAGUUAAUAAAUAAAAGUAGGGGAGGCAGUGGGAACAGAAUAGGGAUGAAUUGAUGAAUUGGCUCCAAGCUGACUGUGCAGUUGCAUAUUUUUCUUAAUAAAUGAAGGAAAAAAAUAACUGCUUAAAAAAAUUAAUCUGGAUUUGUGCACCAUUCAAUUCAAAGAGACUUUAUUGAUCCCAAAGGGAAAUGAAAUGUUAUUUUAACUUAUAUUCAUUCAAAUUCUUCAAAGAGUUAUUGUAGAUUGUGAUGGUUGCUGGCAGGAAGGUUCUCCUGCAGCAGUCUGUACUACAGCAAAUUUGAAGAAGCCUCUGACUAAAGACACUCUGUUUAUCGAAGACACUCUCUUGGCCUAAAUUAAAAUGCUACCAGCCCCAGAUUUAAAUCUUGCAAAUGACCCAAGCAUGUAGCACUCAGCUUUUUUUUUCCUUUGGCAGACAGAAAUGAGAUACUAGACCUUUAAUCAUCUUUGGAAAACUUUUAGAUCAAAUCAUAGAGGAUUGGGUCGCUGCUCCCCAUCAACUCAUUGUCCUUCUGAACUUCAGCCUUUACACUGAUAGUUAUUUUGUUCUCGUAGUGUAAUGUCUAAGUCAGUGUGUUUACAGAAAGCACUUUUUUAUUCAAAACAUCUAAAAGCACUUCAGCCAUUUCCAGCCUACACAGGGUGUCUUCAUAUAGAAUAUCUCACCCAACUCAGACCUCCUGAUUCAUUACCUCACAGACUCACAUUCACUUGUCAGAUGAUUUUACUUUUUCUCAUUAGUUUCUCUUUUUAUUGUUUUUAUCCCUUUCUGAUAAGUUGUGGGAAGCAGCCUCUCAGUCUCAGUGUGUUCUCAUCUUGAACCCCCUGACCCGUUUCCUCCCGGUGGAGGGACCUGUUGCACCCCUUCAUCCCCCACCCAACCCCUCCGCCUGUAACUGCCUGAAACCAACAGACUCUACCUCACCUCUCGUCUCCAUGGAGCCGCCUCCAGGAACCCAACACGAGCACAACCGCCAACCUAACACACCAACGGAGUGAUGAGCUGUACGUCCCCCACUGUGAACGGAUACAUCAGCAGCGUCUGUCAUUUUCACCUGGUUUUGUUUUUCUAACUGCCCACACGGGACCAAGAGUCGCUCUGAGUUCAGGUUUUUCUUUCAGAACCUGAGCUUGACGGCGGCCCGGCGGGUGAAUUAGUGACGGUAAAUGAACGAACUUCGAAGAGACCGUGACAGUGCUCCGGUGGGUGGAGCCGUUCCGGCCCCGGUCGGGUCAGGACUCUGGCGGGUGACUCAGCAGUUUUGGAAAGCACAUGAUGGACUAAAUAAAUUCCUCCCUGGAGAAACGAACACCCAGACCUCAGAGACCUGCAGGGAGAGAAACUCUGUCAACCACAACUCCAGCUGCCAUCCACUACAAAAAAAAAAUAUAAUAGACGAAUCAGGUUCCUUUGUUGCACUAAAACCACGCUGUCUGUAUCCUGAACCGGUCUGGACACUUUUCCUCUCCGUCUCGUCCUCCUGCUGUUUUCAUCUUUCACUCCAUCUGUUGAUUCCGGAAGGUGAGGCUCGGAGCGCGGCCGUCAGGGAUCGCUGCUCACUGGCUGAGUUUCCAUUGUCGAUAUUCUGCUGAUGUCAGGGGGGAAAACACAAUUUCGCAGUUGAUGUGUUUCCAUGAAAAAAGGAAUGACAUAAAAUCACACGUGAAUUAAAACGCGACGAGUCAUUAACAAUCAUGUCAGGAUGGAUGUAAACAGCUACAUGGGAUUCGUAGAGCUCAUCAUCUAUUCACUGAGACGUCGACGUUUUAUUCCGACGUUGGAGCGACAAGCCCCGCCUACUGUGGAGCGGCUACCUAUGCUGCGGUUUGGGGAAAAGAAACCAUCAUCCUCCUUCCACUUCCUGUCUUCUUCUUCGUCGUUUUCGCCAGUAGUAACGUCGGGUUGUUGAUCACGUGACUUGUGUGAUGCUGAGAAUAAAUGUUUCAUUUGAAGUUUUGCAGAAUACACAAAGUUAGAUACGGCCGAAAAAUCACCUCACCUUAUCGCAAAAACCUUUUCUCAAAAAAAAACGAUUUUUUUGUUUUGUUUUUUUCAAAUCUGUCGUCACAUUAAGCUAAUUGCUUUCCGUCAUUUCAAUUUGCGCAGUUUUAUGGUUAAUGAAACGCAGCUGGUGUUACUAAACUAUGUUGUGGAUUAUCUAACAUGCACACACAAACACACACACACACACAGACAGAAAACGAUAAGGAUGAUGGAGUUGUACGGACCCACACCGCCUUGGUAUCGCUGUGAGUGAACACCGUCACUCACACACACACACACACACACACACACACACACACACGCACAAAGACAGCUGCCCUGUCGCUCUUUCCGAUAUGUUCAUGUGCCUCACAUGGGUGUGUCGUUACACUUCGUAGUGCUUGCAGAAAUAUUCAUAUAUCUAACUCUUUCACGAUUUUGUUGCAUUACAACCACAAACAUUAAUGUAUUUCACUGGGAUAUCAUGUGACCAGCACCAAGUUUCACAUGAUGGAGGUGAAAGUUUUAAAUCUUUUGAAAAAUAGGGAAAAGUUGCACCUAUUUGAAAAUUUAGGGAAAUACCAAUAUUCAGUAUUUAUAUUGCUGUUAUAGCUGAUAUUUACCUAUAUUAUAUGUUUCACUUCUCCUUCAACACCUUAAAAAAACACAGCUGACUUCACCACCAAACUACCCACAAUCUUUUGCUGCAUCACUGCCACAUGACCAGACUAACAUUACACCAGCAACGUCGACCCCUCCCACUCCAAAGAUAAACGGCAACGAGAUAGAAAUAAAUAUUGGUUGUUAAUAUCGGCCCAGCUUUGUUUAUCUGUCCAAUACAUGAUUUUUAAAAAUCACGAUUAUAGUGCUGAUGUAUUGUGCAUGCCAACUCAAAAGUUUACUUUGACACCCCUAAAUAAACACCAGAACACCAGAAGUGUGUAAUAAAAAAAAAAACAGUUUGCUCAGAAACAUGGUGGUGGUAGCAUCAUACUGUGGGAAUGCAGACAAAGAAGCAUUUUCAAGAGAAACUAUAUAGAAAAUGAUUAACUAUGCACUAUUACCUGCCAGUCUGUUGCUAAACAAACACAUCCCCACAGCAUGAUGCUGCCACCACUGUUAUUUACCAUUUCAUUUGUGUUGGUCUGGACAAUAAACUCCCAGUAAAGAACAUUAGAAGUUUUUGGUUGCAAUAUGACAACAUGGGACAAAGUAAAAAAAUAAAAAGUAUGAAUGCUUUUGCUGUGGACUUUAUGUAGUAUACAUAUAAAUAUCUGUAAAUAUUUAAAGUAUAUAUACAUAUAUAUUUCUAUGCACUCAGGCCCAUUCAGAUCAUUUCACCAGGUGACAGAGUCUGGGUGAAAUCAGCAGCGUUUCUCUCCGGCUGACGUGACGCUGCUUGUUUGACUCGUGGCGAUUACCAAGUAACCUUCUCAGUCCUCCGACCUUUGAGCUCGCCUGCAGGUUGAGCCAGCGCUCUCCUCUCUCUUUUUUUUUUCUGUUCUUUUUGCUGAGGUCGAGGGUCAGCGUUCCCCGUCGGUGACGUAGAUGCGAGCUGGCGGCUCCAAACGGCCGGCGGAGGAAAACCACGGCGGCACUCGUUCAUCUGCUCCAGGAUCUCUGGAGUCGUUCCGGCGGCUGCAGCUUUAGAAGCCAGCUCCGUUUUUAAUUUGACAGAAAAGUGAUCAUUCACUCCAACCCAAGGACGACUUUGCAACCUUUAAAUCGAAGCCGCGGAAUAAGUCGGGUGUUUGGUUGUUUUUUGUUUCGUCUUUUUCACUUUGUAAAGGGAGAAUCGUGAUUUCUCUCCCUUUGUGUUUACAGUCGUCCAAACUGUGAAUCGGAUGCUAAUCUCUGCCACUGUACCAAACCGUAGCAGCUGAGUCUCCUCCUGACUUACACAGGAGAAACGGCUCUAGCUGCGUCUGUCCUGCACCGUCCUCUUGACCUCCUGACCUCUGUCUCUCUGUUCCUGCCUGUUCUGCACCCAGAAUCCCACCCCGCUCCUCGGAGCUCUCACCGGUGGAGGAAGAUGUGUCAAUCCCUGCAGGAGUGUGUCUCCAUGUGGAAUGUAAAAUACUGCAAUAUUGUGAUUAAAGACACAUUGUGAAAUCUUCA